UUUCCUCGCCCGCGGUCCCGCUUCACGCAUGCGUGGGCUGUGCCGGCUGCGGCGAGUUGGUGUGGGGGGCGCGCGAGCGGGGGUGGCGGGAUGGUGCUGAACCGGGUGCGGGCGGUUUUCUUCGAUUUGGACAACACGCUCAUCGACACUGCCGGGGCGAGUAGAAAAGGCAUGUUGGAGGUGAUAAAGCUCUUACAGUCAAAAUACCAUUACAAAGAAGAGGCUGAAACCAUUUGUGACAAGGUUCAAGUUAAACUCAGCAAGGAAUGUUUUCAUCCUUCCAGUACAUGCAUUACUGACCUAAGGACUUUACACUGGGAAGAAGCAAUCCAGGAAACGAAGGGUGGUGCGGCCAAUAGGAAAUUGGCUGAAGAAUGUUAUUUCCUGUGGAAAUCUACACGUUUACAGCAUAUGAUACUAGCAGAAGAUGUCAAAGCCAUGCUUACUGAACUUCGGAAGGAGGUCCGCCUACUUUUAUUAACAAAUGGAGACCGACAGACCCAGAGGGAGAAGAUCGAGGCUUGCGCCUGUCAGUCCUAUUUUGACGCUAUCGUUGUAGGUGGAGAGCAGAAAGAAGAGAAACCAGCACCUUCCAUAUUUUAUUACUGCUGUGAUCUCCUCGGAGUACAGCCUGGGGACUGUGUGAUGGUUGGUGACACCCUGGAAACCGAUAUACAAGGAGGCCUUAAUGCAGGGCUGAAAGCAACAGUCUGGAUAAAUAAAAAUGGAAUAAUGCCACUGAAGUCAUCCCCCAUGCCACAUUAUAUAGUUUCUUCUGUGCUGGAGUUACCUGCUCUCUUACAAAGUAUAGAUUGUACAGUCAGUAUGUCAGCUUAAAACACAUGAAAGGGCAUGAUGUAUUUUAGGGUCAAAUUACAGGUUUUGAACUAAGAAAAGUUAAGGCAUUCCAUUUAAGACCCAUUUCUAAGAAUAUUUUUACUUAUGACUUAAUAACCAACCACUGACUGGUAUUUAUAUCUGGAAGUCCAGAGUACAUUAGUUAAUACAAGUUAACUUUUAAUAGUGUAAUCCAGAAAACUUAAGGAAAUACAUUAUUUGUUAAUCUGUGCUUGAGGUUUUUAAAAAAUUAUUUCAUUAAUUUUGUGGCAUCUCGGAGCCAUGAAGAUACUAAGCAAGAUAGCUUGUAUUUGUAUGCACAAAUACAGGUUUUUGUGUUGUCUUAAAAAUAGAUAUUUUUUUAAA